AGAAUGUUAAAUAAAAGGGAGUUAUCAAAAGAUUACAUAACAAUGAUAUAUACCUGAUUUGAUCAGAUAAAGCUCACGUUGUACUAACACACCAAAAUGAAGCUGAUAAUAUUAAUAAAAUAACGAACUUGUCCUGAAUGUGGUGAUUUGUGAUCUGGGAGUCGGACGGACAAUAUGAUUAAAUACUUCCUCUUCGCUCUUGGGGUGCACUUGGCAGUGUGCGACUAUGCCAAGUACGCGGAGUUCAUCAUUAACCAGGCCGAGAACGACACGUUCGUCCGUCUGUUUGCCGAGCACGUCAAGCUGUUCCAGGACGAUGACUCGCAGGUGAAACCAAAGGCAGGUUUAGAAUUCCCGUGUCAGAAGUUUGUCGGGCCUGCAAGGCGGUCAACGACAGUGCACAACCUCCAGCCGACGGACGUCAAGGUCGUCGGCGCGCUCGGGGACUCAAUCACGGCAGGAACUGGCAUCAAGGCUAAGACGGUCAUCGGGUUACUGAAGCAAGACCGAGGUCUCUCCUGGAGCGUCGGUGGAGACAAGUCCAUUGUUGAAGAUGAAACACUUCCAAACAUGAUGAAGGUAUACAACCCGGAAGUGCGUGGGUUCUCCAAAGGCUGGGGCCCGGUCUGGCUCGAGUCCGUCUCUCACCUUAACUUGGCGAACCCCGGGGAUGUGUCGGAGGACAUACCGGCCCAGGCGGUGAAGCUGGUGGACCGAAUGAAGGCGGAUAAGACCAUCAACUUCCAGGAGGACUGGAAGGUCAUCACGCUGUUCAUCGGCGGCAACGACCUCUGUUCCUAUUGCGAGGACAAGUCCAAGUACAGUGCCGAGAGCUACGUUGCCAAUAUUAAGACCGCCCUAGACUAUCUCCAUGCCAACGUGCCACGCACGUUCGUGAAUCUCGUGCAGAUCCUCGACGUCGCCAUGGUGAAGAAUCUGAACGCGGGCUUCAUCUGCUCUACACUCCACAGGUUCCUGUGCGACUGCGCUGCGUUCCCGGCGAACGCCGAGGCGGAAGCGGAACUAGUGGCGGAGACGCAGCGCUACCGGGACCUCACCCAGGCGCUAGUGGACACCGGGCGCUAUGACACCCGGGACGACUUCACAGUGAUCGUGCAGCCAUUCUUUACGGCUACAAGUCCUCCACUCAAGGCUGGCACGAAUGAGAUAGAUCUUAGCUACUUCUCCCCGGACUGUUUCCACCUCAGCGAGAAGGGGCACAGGGCCGCCGCGGACGGGCUCUGGAACAACAUGAUUGAGCCAGUGGCUGCCAAGCGGCGAUCCUGGACCCCCGGAGAGCUCGUGGAAUGUCCAUCAUCGGCGCACCCAUACUUUUACACAUACAAGAACAGCAAUACCGCUCAGGCACAACGAUCUGCAAAUGGCAACUUUGCAGCCAAGCUCAACACACAAACCGGAAACACGCACAACACUAAAACCGGAAGUUCGUCCACCUCCGCAGCAACCGUUUCCAUAGUAGCGGUCGCCAUGGUUUGCAUCGUUCUUGCCCUGGUGGGAGCUCUCGUGUGGAGACGCGUGAAGAAGUCCGAGAGGAUAGUUUUGUGGCGUCAACCUGGGUCCGAGUACAAUAAAAUAUAAUCUUGGCACUUUGAAAAUUGACAAAAUUAAUUGUGAUUGGAUUUGUGCAAUACUUACUUAAAAUGAAAAUUCAGAAAUUAGCAUAGUAUGUAUUAUAGUAGCCUAGCAGUAUUAAGUUAUGUCAUUACUUUGUUGAACCUUACCCCAAAUCUAUCAAUAUUUUACCUAUAUCUUUAGUAUAUGACGUGGUCGGACAACUAGGUUACUACUAGUAGAUAAGCAAUUGAUAAUUCUUAUCAAUCGUAUUGAUCAGCUUUUGUUCAGCGUAGAUACAACAUAGUUAUAACUAAUAACUAUCCAUGUACACUUUAAGGAUAUGUUUUGUUCCUGGACCUUCUUCAGCAAAUACAAAAAAUAAUAGGCUCAAUAACGCCUUAUUAAUACAUGGUUGUUAAUAUGAAUUGAAAAAGAGAACCAAUUGCUGGUAUGCAUUUAUUACGUUACCAAUCAUUCUUUAACAAUUGAACACUCAGGACUUCAAAAAGUAUACUUUUAUUUGUUAAGUUUAUCUAUAAUAUGUUGUGAUGAUACAAUUGAUAUUAUAUUUUAUUAAUAUGUUUUAAAGUUACUAAUAAAAUAUAAAUGAACA